AUGGGCGUACCCCAGGACGGGCCUAGUCUGUCCGGACAGCCCGCCUGUUUCGGAGCUGAAACGAUUCAGAUUACAUUGAUCUACUGCUUCGUGUACUAUCUGUGGAUCGGUCACAACUACAACUAUGGCUAUCUUGCUGGCUUCACUGCCCUGUUCCUGCUGCCAGGUUGGGGUCCCCAGUGGCUGAGUUACCUUUGGUACCUGUCAGAUGGACGAAUUCGCAGGAAGUCUCUCACCUGGACACACAUACUGCAUCUGGGACUUUUCAAAAGGCUGUGGGAGUGCAUGCGCCUGCCAGAUGAGGAUACGUACAGUGAGAUCAUGCAGCAGGCUGAUGCAUCUGCCAUACGUCUGUUCGAAGCCUUGGUCGUCACCCUCCCCGAGACGCUACUCCACGCUUAUGUGCUAAUUUGUACUGAUAUAGGAGUCAAAUCUCCAGGUCAGUAUGUUGGGAUCCAGGUUUGCCAUUCUCAUGCUCUUCACACGUAUCUUCAAACAGUGGAUCCUCGGGUCAUCGGUGUCCACUGGCUGGGAGCAACUUUUUGGAUGGUGUCCCAGCAGACAGAUAUCAUAAGGUCUACAAGCCGAUGGAGGCUCUUCAAUCUUGUUCUGGGAGCUAUUCACAUCUUCCUCUUCCUCAACGUGAAGUACGGUCAAUCUAGAUACCGCAUGGCUGGGUUUUAUCUGGUUAUGUUCUUAGAGAACGCUUUUCUUCUUCUGGCAUCCUCCUGGAUGUUUGCCAUGGUUUCCUGGGAUACUGUGGGAAUCCCAGCUGCAGUGUUCUGCAGCUUCCUCAUUGGAGUGAUAGCAUUGGUGCUGUACUAUCGUUUCCUCCAUCCAAAGUCUUUUGAAAUCUUCCAGAGUAUUCGUCACAGGGGAAUAGCCGGGGCCUGCAUGGAGCGUGGCUCUACACUCUCAUUAGAGGAGAAAGUCACGCCCACUUUUCAUCGACAUGCAACACUGUCUGGAGGUGGGACUCUCAUGGACCUUCCUAUCCAAUGGGAGGGCUGGAAGCAUCACCACUGGCUGCUGAUUCGCUUAGCUCUGAAGACAGGGGAUGUUUCAAGGAUCUGGUCUGCAUAUGGUGAGGGGGGACUGGCUGGACUGAUGGGUCUGUCUGAAGAAGUUCACUCCCCUGAUGACCUACGUGUCCAUCAGAUUCCACCAAUUCAGCCACAGCUUUCUUACCACGCACAACCAGCUUCUCAACCUGCUGCUGCUGCUGCUGCUCAACCUCCUCCUCCACCAGCUCCUUCACAGGUUUCAGAGGUGAGAGAGGUGGUCCAGCCACCAAAGCCAGCUCACUGCACUAUAGUGGCCCGACCAGUGAGAAAAGCUCCUCCCACAACUAUUCAGGAUAUGAGAAGGUUUCCAGAGAUCAUCCCAGUCCAGGAGGUCAUCUUUGAAGAAACUGCAGAAGAAGACUCUAGCGUGGCACUAUCAGAGGGAAAAGGUGAUGAGGAGUUCCAAAGCGCUGCUUAUGGCUCACCGUCGCUCUCGUCUCCUCAACAACCAGGAAGCCUCCGCCACAUCGACAGCAAAGAGGCGUCUCUGACUGAGGCCUCUUCGGUGGGUUCUUUAGACAUCAAGACUCCCGGCUGGUCACCUGAGCGGCGUUCCCCCCUCCUGAUUAGUUCCCCAGAUAAAAAAUCAGGGGUCCCUGGAGAGUCAAGCACUACAUUGUAUUUUAGUGCAGAUGUGCAGUCUCCCUCCAGUGGGAGCUAUCUUGGCUGGGGCUCAGAGCUGUCACCCAUUUCCACCUACCGAAGUCCCUACCGGAUCAGGGAGGCCCGAUUUGUCACAUCCACACCCAGAUUGGAGCCCCGUGUAGAACAAGAAAGCCUGGGCCCCACCCCUGUCAUCGUCAUCCCUGCCACUCCUGGUACAACACCGGGUGCUACCCCAGAUGGGACCCCUAGUGCUUCAACUCCUGUAAGUUCAACUACUGCAGCAUCAACUCCUGUAGGUUCAACUCCUGCGGCUUCGACUCCUGCCGCUUCGACUCCUGCCGCUUCAACUCCCGCCGCUUCAACUCCCGGUGCUUCAACUCCUGGUGCAAUUACACCUGGUACACCCAUUGUUCCUCUCACUCCAGUUAUCUCCCACGCUCGCAAACAGAUGGUCCAGUUUGUGGACAGCAGAGAGAGGGCAGUGUAAGUAGGAUGGGGGUACAAGGAAAAGAAAAGCCUGGGUGGAGGAUGGUGUAUUUUCCAGUUUUGCUGUUCUCAGCAUUAGAAUCUUUUAAGUUAACUUAUAACUGUCAUAGAAAGAGAUUGGUAUAAUAUUGCUCAUGUUUUCCCCUUGUGUGCAGCUAGACAGGAAAUAAUUGCUGAAAAUGUGUCACAUUGACCAAAAUAUCAAUCAAAAGAGACAAAUCUUCAGUUUUAAUAGCAGGACUUUGAAGGAUUUGUAUUAAAGUAUAUUCCUAUGCAAGCCAUGAGAGCAAUUUGAGGAAACAUCUGAUAUGUGAGAGGGUGAGUUGAAAUUUUGUAGAUUACAGAAGUUAAAAUCUGGACUACUUGUCAAAAUAAAAUAAUAAUCCUUCAAACUACAUUUUUAACUAUUACUCUAUAAAAAUAAAAAACCUACACCUAAGUGUCAACUGAGGUAACCUUGGAUAGGAUGUAAGAGAAAUCAAAAUGACUAUAAAGUAGCUAUGGCUUGUAAUUAAAAUUUAAAGCAUGAGCAGUUAUUGAGCUGUUGGAUCCUUUAUACCAAAAGAAAAUACAAAAUCACCAGUUUACAAUAACUCAACAUGCUGUCUGCCAGGCUGCUGUGCAGAAUUUCUUAUAACAUGACACACCAAUGCAAAAAUCUUAAUGUAAAUCAACUCAGCUUCAGGCAAACAUUUACGUUUCUUGACGUUUCUUUUCUGUCUUUCCUUUUCUUAAUCACAAGGCGAUUGAUGUUGGAUGUCUCAUCCACUUUUUAAGAAACUACUUAUACUUGCAGUGAAGUACAUAUUAGUAUUUACCUACAUCACAUACACACUGAAACAGGCCAAUUCAGGAAGGGAGAGUAAUUAGAUAGAAUAUUGAAUGAGUAAAAUAGUGAUUAUGAAGGGAUUAUGUUUCAUUUAUUAGAUGCAUUUAAUUUUUUAUAUAACUUGCUUUUGGGUUUUACUAAUCAAAUAUCUUUGUGCACUGAUUAUAACAACACUUUUUGAGCUCUGAACCUUUGCAGACGAAAGAAGGGAAGUGCGAUAAAAUAUGUGUGACGCAGGAUAAGGAACUAGAGGAAACUUUACCAUUUCUGUGCACUGUUAAGAUCAAUGAUGAAGAAGAUAUAUUUUCUGUGUGGGAGUUAAACUUGCACAGUUCGAGCUAACACUUCAGAUUAAUACAAGUACUUUCAAGUUUUACAUUUUAAUUUCAAAUCUUAAAUCUCGCUUCACUGCCUACUUAUUAACUGGUGUAAUAUCAAAAUGUACUGUGUGCUGUCCUGUGGAGUGUAUUCAAAAUGCAAGACAGAUUAUGCGCUUCAUAAAAGGGUACACAGUCCUUGUUAGCAAAGACCCGCUUUGUUAUGAAAUUAUACACAGCACUGAAACUCAUUUUUCAUACCUGUCCUACCUGAAUAGCUGCACCUCUACUUGUGCUACAAAGGAUUAACUAUAUCUAGUAAUCUGUGUCACUCCUCAGUCUGUCCAUCAGUUAAACCACCUACCUCAAUACAGUUGAACUUUCGUGUUGCAAUUUUAUCUUAAAACAUUAAAUAAUGGACAACCAAAUCAGAGCAGUGGUGAAGUCCAGUUUUUAUCA